UUAUUUUUGUUAUUUUCUGAUACUGUAUUCCAUUGUUUGCGCUUUCAGCAAGAACGCCAAUCUCAGCUGAAAAGCACUGAAAAACAACCCACAACCUCGAAUAUGCAGGCCGGAGUCCAUUUGCUCGCCGGCCUGCUCAUGUGCCUGCUGUUCCCUCGCCACAAGUCCAUCGGGGCGGCGGCGGGCGAUGCGCGGCUCGGGUGCGUGCUCGGCGCGAUUCUGCCAGACGCCGACAUUCCCGUCACCGUGCUCAUGGUUGCGUUGAGCGGAAAUUAUGAAGUCGCCGACAUCUACCAUCGAACAGUGACGCACUCGAUCGUCUUUGCGCUGUUGUGCUUUGCAAUCAUGACCAUCUUUGCAGACCUCGUCCGCGCCCAUAUUCAAAAGGACAAGCUAUGGUUUAUUGCUCGAACCCACCCCGUUCGUCGGCACGUAUUUGAGCCUCAAGCAUUCGGCACAGGCCUCGUGUUGGGGCUGAUUUCUCACGCUGUUCUCGACAUGAUGUAUUUAAAAGGAGUUGCCAUUUGGUGGCCGUUUAGUGACGCGCGAGUCGGGUAUCCCUUGUUCGGUUAUUGGACGACGCAGACCGAGCUCACUGUCAAGCUACUCGAGGCGUCCGAUCAUUACACCGACGUUCUGUUCUUUUUCAUUCCUGUCAUGGUGGUGGCCAAUUGGCAUCAAAUCCACACUGCACAAUGGAACCAGAUUGUCGGGUAUUGCGUUGCGAAAUGCGCCGUCACCACCGCGUUCAUCAUCCUCGCCUUCAUUCCCGCCGUGUCGUUUGAGACCUUCUUCACGUUAUUGUACAUUCCUGGCACGUUUUUCUUUACCAUUUCCGUUAUUGCGCCACUGCUGUUUCGCGAUGCGGUUCGGAGGUUUGGCGAUCCGACCGUCCCACAGCGGCAUGCUUAAACAAAACAAAACAACGCAAAACAAAAAAAAAAAAAAAAAAAAUCAAAACGCAUCAAAUCAAAACGCAUCGUUUCAAACUGUCAUUGUGUAUGAUUUUGUAACAUUCAACUCUCCACUCAUCACACGUUCAAUA